CCACGCUUAACCGACCUCACGCUAGGCCACACCCGCAACGUCCAUAGCUUUGUUCCGUAUAACCCCUACCUCCUCCCGCACCAACUAGCCCCAAAACACACCACGAAGGCCACCCACUCCAGCCUCCUUCCUAAGCCCAAAAUACACCAUAACGACCUAACCUCUCAACCUCGAAACAUAACUACCAAAAACCCCACUCCAACCUCCUUCAAAACUUCAAAACCCAAGAUAAACUAA